ACAAAAAAAAAGCGGCCGCCGGCGAGAGGGACGGGGAAGAAAAGGCGCCGUCUUUGCCUAAAAAUUCCAGCGGGGGAGGCGAAUCCUGGGAGGCGGAAGAGCACGCCACCGGAGAUCGCCAUUUCUCCCUCUUCGGCGCUAGGGGAGCCGGAGAUCCGUCCCCCGCCGGCGGGGAGCGGAGCGAUGCAGGCCGCCGCGUCGUGGAGCAAGAGGCUGCGAGGCCAUCUCUGCGCCGCGGCUUCGUUCCACUCCACGCCCGUCUCUCCCGCCAAGUGGAAAUCCAAGUGGGAUUGCAAGCAUGAGCAUGGAGAACGGAAACUGUCCAAGAAAUAUGAGCGAUAUGUUGUUCGCCAAAAACGAGCAGAAGGAAAGAAGGCCCUGAAAGAUUACCUUCUCUAUGGAAAGUCAACACCUCAUGUACAAAAUGAUAGUGUGGGCAGCUUUGCCAAUUCACACAAUCUUCCACGAUUCAAAACCUUCAGAAAAAGACCUCAGGAUCACAGUUCAACAAAGUCUGGACAAGGAGUGCACCAUCAAAGAAAGAACAAAAAGGACAAGGCGAAAUUCUACAAUUUUUUCUACGAGACCCGUUACGUGAACCCCGAAAACAUUUUUGAAACAAUGUUUGGUGAGGAGCGAGGCUUUACAUGGUCCAAUAUGUCAUGGGAGGGUUUUCACUUCAAAGACUCAUCGUCUGGAUUCAGACAGACCGGUGAAUCCCGAAGACAAAGAUUUGUAGCAAGUGAUAGCGAAGACGAAAGCGACGAUGACAUGGGUGAAACAACCGGCAUCGGCUCACAUGCGCACAGGGUCACCCUUGGAUUACCAGCAUGUGGUCCACUAACCCUAGAUGAUGUCAAAACAGCCUUCCGCGCAUCUGCUCUGAGGUGGCACCCCGACAAACACCCGGGCUCUUCACAGGCCGUUGCCGAGGAGAAGUUUAAGCUCUGUGUCAACGCGUACAACUCUCUCUGCACAGUCCUCAAGGCCGCCUAAUCCUGCUGUUUGUUCCAUGGAUGGUGUUCUGCAGCUUGGCAAUACCCUAGAAGGUGGGAAUUUCGCAAGAAAUGUUUCAGCCAGAAUGAUGUACCUGAGGCUGGGGAGGAGUUGAGAGGAGAUCCAGAGCUUUCCCAUGCAUCAGUUGUUUCAUUUUUUUCAGUAUUAAUUUGAUGAUAAAAUUUUAAGGCUAUAUCCAAUCAAGCAGACCCCGACAAUGAAGGAGGCUGUGUUGUAACCUGUACCAGUACAGUUUGUAGCAAGAUGUAAACCAUGAUUCAUUCAAUUUGAGUUUCUAAAGCGAAAUAAAAUUAGCAUGUGCGAUCACAAUUA